AUGAUUCCAAGUCGCUCAAUCAUCCGCUCGUCGCGUCUCGUCCACACGACCGCCCGCCUCCGCGCCGCCACGAGCGGCGGCAAGGACCCCUCUGUCUCGCAGGGCCACGCCGUCUUCGACAGCAACCAGUCCCCGCAGGACACCCAGUCGCAGCACGCGCGCGCGGGGCUCGCCGCGUCGGGCGGCGCGAGCGGGCAGGACGCCGCGACGCACGACGGGCGCGCGCAGCAGGCGCCGCACAAGGGCGAGUUCGCGGGCAACCAGGAGGGCGUGGGCAUGCAGGAGCAGAUCGGCGGGAAGAGCGCGCAGGGCGCGGGCGCGCCCGGCGAGGGGAAGGGCGGGCAGGAGGAGGCGAGCCCGCCGGGGUGGUUCGCGGCGGCGAAGAGCAAGCUUGGCCUGGGCACGAGCGCGGGCGAGGUGAAGCAGAACCGGGGCGGCGGUGAGGGCGUGACUGGCACCGGGACCGGGCAGAGGCAGGUCGGCCCGCGCGGCCUGCACACCAGCGCUGUUAGUCUCACUCAGGGCACGAGGAAGGCGGAGCCCGACGGCAGCAGGCAGCCGAAGGACGAACACGUAGCCGGUGAGCAGAGUCCGCACUUGACGCACAAGAAGGCCGGCGCGAAUGACCACGGGCGCGGGAACGCAGCAGCGGAGCCUGCGCUGCCGUCGAAGCGGAACGACGCGCCAGAGGACAAGAUCACGAACAGCGCGGGCGGGAAGCAGCAGGUGCGCCGGUUCGCGACGUCUGCGCGCGCGGGCUACGUGACGGGCGCGCCGAAGGGGAACACGCCGACCGAGCCUGGCGCGGGCGGGCCCACGACGAAGCUCGACGAGGGGAACCAGCUCGAGGGCGCGUCGCCGCUGACCGGCGAGAACCCGCCCGAGGCGCAGAAGGAGCAGGCACCCGACGCGGAGGAGGCCGACAAGAACAAGCAGCUGCCCGCGUACCAGCGCGACCAGUUCGUGAAGCAGCAGCACGGCGCGGCGAGCGAGAGCGUGCAGCCCGGCCCCAACGCGUCGGCGGGCCAGCAGCAGCAGCGGCGCUCGUACCACGCGAGCGCGCGAUGGCGCGAUGAGAACGCGAAGGGGCACAGCGCAGAGUCGUACUUCAAGGACGUGGACGACACCGCGCCGCCGGACUCGAAGACGCACGCGGUCGCGUACGGGGAGGAGGUGCAGCGCGCAUCGGAGCCGCCCAGCGGGGAGUGGAGCAGGAAGGGCGCGGAGAGCAAGGAGUACCAGACGGUGUCUCAGGAUGAGCCGUAUAGUCCCCCAGCACCGGGUGCUCAGGACGAGAAACUGCGAUAUGGGAACAGGGAGGAGUGGGGCGGCCAGCCUGGGAAGGGCGCCGGCGGGACCAGCCAUCCUGGCGAGGGCCCCGAAGGUACCAACGCCGGAGGUAGGAAACCUGAGAGAGCCUAG